UUCAUCUUUGUUGUUCAUCGAAAGUUAAACCAAGACAGUUGAUACUUUCAAAUGUUGCGAACGGCAAGUAGUGGAACGCAUACGUUUUGAUGGUUGUCAAUGAGAAAAAGAGAAAAAGAAGCUGUUGUUUAAAAUGAUAUUCACAGUCGAUGACAAAUUACGAAAUUUUAAUGAGAAAUGCAACGAUAGUCGAGGCUGUUAUUUCGCAAAUUUCGAGAAUUCGAAUGAAAUAUAAGGGACAUAACCUAUACAAACCUUACUUAUGCCUAUUCAUACAGAUAUUUUCGAUUCGAUAGUAACAAAGAUCUUUGAUCAAAAUGUUGGAGGGACUUGUGGCUUGGGUGCUGAACAAUUAUCUUGGCAAAUAUGUAGAAAAUUUGAACACGGAUCAGCUGAGCAUUGCCUUGUUAUCGGGGGAAGUUGAAUUAGAAAACUUACCCUUGAAACGCGAAGCUCUGCGUCACAUUGGAUUACCGAUGGAAAUUAAGGCUGGUUUUAUUGGUAAAAUUAGAUUACAAGUGCCAGUUAGACAAAUAAGGACUGCGUCAUGGGUGAUAGGCAUAGAGCAGCUUUAUCUAGUAGCAGGACCAAUUAAUUUGGAUGAGUACGACAAUGAACUGGAAGAACAAGCAAUAUUAGAAUAUAAACUUAGUCGAUUAGAUGCAUUGGAAGCCAGAUGGAGAGCUGACAUAGAACAUAAUCUUGGUUAUUACGCUUCAAGCUACAGUUCAUGGCUGAAUUAUGGCACAUCUCUAGUAACAAAUAUUAUUGAAAAUUUACAGUUGAACAUCAAAGAUGUUCAUAUUAGGUAUGAAGAUGAUGUAACAUUAUCGAAUGAUAAUGGUAUCGCAUUUGGCAUUACAAUUGGAGCAUUAACGACUCAAAGUUGUGAUGCUAGCUGGAUACCUAGUUCCACGUCUUGGAAUCUUACAGAUGCAUCUUUUAAACUAAUGGAACUCGAUAGCCUUUCCAUUUAUUGGAAUCAUGUAAAAAAAGAUCAACUCUUGGGUGGUCUAAAUCUGGGUGAUUUAGCUAUUGCCAUGAGCGAAUCCAAAAAUAUGAUGAAACGGCAUAUUUUAUCACCUGUAAAUGCAAGAGCGCAUAUUAAAAGAGACCGAACUGAACGUCCAUUGAGGUCUAAUAAUAAGCCACGUAUCGUAGUGGAUUUACUUUUGGACGAAGUACCAUUGUCUUUAACAGACAUUCAAUAUGAAGAAAUGGUCAAAUGUAUCAAGGAACUCGACCGCAUAGAUCGUCGUAAGCAGCAGUGGCGUUGCAGACCAAUAACCCCCGUUAAAAAGAAUUGUAAAGAGUGGUGGAAAUAUGCUGCUAGGUGUCACCUUGGCAGAGAUACACUUAAACCUAAACCAUCCUGGGAAAACCUUCUUCUCAGAGCCAGAGAGAACGUUAGUUAUGUUCAGGCGUAUGCUAAAUUAUUAGGUACGCCCACCUCAAUUUUACCGCCGGAAACUAAAACUUUGAAGGAAAAGGUCGAGAACGAGCGAAAUUUUGAUGAGCUUCGGGUGUUGAGAGAAUUGGCUAUGUACAAAGUGAGACCCACAAUGUUACAACAGGAAUCUAAUACAAAAAUGCCACAGGGACGUGGCAUGCUCGAACAGUGGUUUCCACAGUGGUGGGGUUGGUACUCGAAAACACCUCACAGUAACAACGGAACGCAAAACGGAGGUACGACUAAUAGUUCGACUACUUUUGAUGGGGAAUUGCUGGACGUUUUGGCGGACACUAUGAAUGACGAUACUCUGCUACGUCGUGACACGAUAUUCGGACAGUUUAAUUUCGCUUUAGUGCAGGGUGCGGUAUCGUUGUGUACCGCGAGAAAUGGCAGUGACGGUACGAAGACUGUGAUAGAACUCAAGUUUGAGAGAGUGAAUCUGAGUUACGAGUCACGACCUAGAUCUGGGUCGCACAAGUUCUCAAUCAGUUUGGGCGCAUUAUAUUUACACGAUUUUCUCACGGAGAAUUCGACGUUUCCCAUCUUGGUGCAACCACAAAUCAUGUCAAGCAGCACUUCCUCACGCGUCCGCAAUUUAUCCUCGGAAAAAGUGGCGAAACAAACAUCACAUCAUCUUUUCGAAUUGGUUUAUGAAAAAAAACCGUUGCAUGUCAAUAUGGAUCAUUUGCUGCACAUGUACUCGCAGUCCUUGGACAUCGUAUACAAUCCUACUGUGAUAUAUUGGUUGAUAGACUUUAUAUAUAAGCCGCAUCGAUCGGCAUCGUCUAAUCAGCAAUUGCAGGCGAUGAAGCGUCGCACGAGGAGACAGCUGAUCAAAAACUGGGAGCAGAUCCUGGACGGUGACUUCGUGUACCGUUCGUCGUGGGAUCUGCAAUUUAAAAUCUCUGCACCACAGAUCUUGUUAGUGGAGAGCUUCGUCGAUUUUAAUGCGGCCGUAAUAGUGGUCGAUUUCGGCAAAUUACAUUUAUCGAACUAUGCAGAUCUGAAUCAGGUAAUGCUAAAAACGGAAUCGAUCAACAGCGAUAAUGAUGAUGAUGAGGAAGAGAGAUAUGAAACGCCUUGUUCCACUCCGCCGGGCAGCCAGGAAAACGGUUCUCUGAACGAUUUCCAAGCUUUAUCUGAGACUGAAUUACAUAAGAAAUUGUACGAUCAGUAUUCCAUCAAUCUGGUGGACUUACAGAUUUUGGUAGGUAAAGCAAAGGACAAUUGGAAGCACGUUCGCACGAGGAGCAUGUCGACUCUGCACUUUCUCGAGCGUUUUAACAUAUCAUUGCAAGUCGAGCGACGUGUCUUUACCACUUCGGAUCCUAAUUUCCCGUCGGUCACAGUAUCCGGUAACCUGCCAAGAUUGGUAGUGCACGUGAACGAGCAGAAAGUAGGCGCGAUACGCUUGAUGUAUAAUUUACUUUCAAGUUUCUCUAAUUCAGCUGGUAUUCCGCAGACGGAAGUCGUCAACGUAGAACCUGAGAGCCCCAAAAAGGAGGAGAAUCUAGAUCGUUCGUUGAGUCACGCAGUGAUGGUGCAAUUUAUCAUUGAUCAAAUGGCCUUUGAAUUGCAGUCGAGAGGUCGCAGCGUAGCAGAGCUGCAAGUAUCCGGUGUUCGGGCAGCUCUCAGCAAAAGAAUGGCAGAUUUGAGCGUCUCUCUCUCCGUCCACGGACUGCUCCUGGUCGACGCUCUCUUGAGCAAUUUUGCGCGUCAGAUCGGUGCAGCUGCUACCGACAUGGCGAUUGGUUUGGUAAAUGCCGACGAGUGGACCAUCCCACCGCGUAAACGAUUACCCAGCGUUUCGAUCGAUCUAGAUAACACGUAUGAGCUUUCUUUGGACAUUGAUGAUUAUACAAGUAACAGCCCGAUUGUACAAGUAAACGGUGCCGUGAUAACGCCAUUGAAAGUAUCUCUAUCGCGCGGUCAAUACGAGCAACUGCUUGACACAUUUCAUCGAUUGUUCUCCAUGCCCGUAGUAACUGCUGCGGCCGCGGUCUCGACGGAAUACGACGAUCCCGACGGAAUGUCCGAUUAUUCAGAUAAGCUUGAUCUCUGCGUGAAGGUCUCGUUCGAGCUGCCGAUCCUCAGUGUCGAGCUGAAGCAGACGCAUUCUGAGCAGCCGCUAGUAGAGCUAUCGAUGCGCGAUUUUGUUGUCAAAUACGAAAAAUUACAUCGGAACGAAUCUAGCGUGCAAGUCGCGUUACGCUCUUUGCUGAUGGAAGAUCUUUUGUGCCCGAUCGGCUCGCGGCAUCGCUACAUGAUGCAGUCAUCGGCGCCCGCGCGCGCAAAAUUACUCACGGGCGCUUCGAAAUCGUGUCCGGAUCUUGCCUUCGCACGACAAUACAAAAAUGCCUUCGGUCGUGGCAGUUUACCGGAUCGUCUAGAGACCGACACUUUAUACGGCACGAUUCCGGCUCACUGGCGCAGAAAACCGACUAUCUCAUCAGCCGAUACGCCGAACACACCGCCACCUUCGCCGGGCGGGAUCGCCAGCGAAGAGAACUUGGUGCUAAUGAGUAUCACCAUGACGCGACCCGAGGGGACUAUGAUAUCGGGAGAAGAUCGGUUUGAUCGGAAAAUGGUAACCGUGGACUUCAAUUGUCUGGACUUAGUGAUAAGCGUGGAAUCGUGGAUGGUGGUGUUUGACUUCUUUGGGAUUGCAGGCUUGUCUGGGACGGCGAAUAACGAAAUUGCCGCGCGUCAAACGACGCCGGAUAGCGAUAGCGUCAGCGCGAGCAAGAUAGAUGACAAUCUACCGGUGAGAUCGGAAACGGAGAUAGAAGUAAGAUCGUUGACGCUAGUGCUAACGCAACAGGAGCGCGAAAUAGCCAAAGCCAAUGUGUCUAAUGCCAAUGUGCACAUUCUUAAAGCGAUGGACGACAAGACCAAGAUAUCUGGAUCGUUGGGUUCGAUGUCGUUGCUGGAUUUAACGCCGCAUGGUCGAUUCUAUCGCGAGAGAUUCCUAUCGUCCGGCAGGAAGGCGUUGAAUUUUCAGUACUCGAGUUAUGCCGACUGCGAGGAUCGACCACAUGACGCGCGACUUAAACUGGAGAUGUCCGCCGUGCAUUACGUUCACACGCAGAGAUUCGUGGCGGAGUUGCAGGCUUUUUUCGGUCAUUUUUCGCAACUGUGGAGCAUCAUGAAGAAUCUGCGGGCUGGCGCCGGUGCCGUCAUAGAUAUGAAUAAGCGUGGUACGCGACUAUUAUUGCAAUUGCAUGCUGGUGCGCCGGUGAUAUUGUUACCGGUGAGUUCCAGAUCCGAUAAACUGAUUCUGCUGGAUUUAGGAGAGCUCACGGCGCACAAUAGAUUUGAUACGUCGACAAUCGUUCCGGAAUGCAUGCUGGACGUGAUGUUGCUGGAGCUAGUCAACAUGGACAUCUACGCGGCGGAAAGAUUCAAGUGCGACGACUCGAACUUGAACGAAGACGCGGACACUUUAACAGUGGGCGGCUUUCUCGUCAAGAAAAUGGGCUCCUCGCUGCUCACGGAGAAGUGCCAUUUAAAAUUGCGCGUCGAGCGAAAUCUUGACACUUAUAUUAGCCGCGACAUACCCGAUCUCAGCGUGCACGGUAUAUUGUCAACGAUGGAUUGUGCCUUGGACCCGGCGCAAUACAUGUUGAUUCGUGGCCUUUUGUCUUAUAACAUUGGUGAGAACCUAGACGACUUGCGUCUUUUUGUGCAGGACUUGAAUCACAUAGUGGAAUAUGCGAUUCCGACGGUGGAUAAUCGCUUGAAGACAUGGACCCGAUCCUGCAUAAUCCUCGAGCUGGUGAACGUGAGGGUAAAACUACAUCCGAGUCAUAAUAUCGCAGCGUUGGCAUGCAUCAAUUUCAUCAAGUCCCGACUGACAUUGGACUCGCUGAGCGACGGUUCGCAGGACAUUGAUCUGGUAUCACAGGAGAUUCUAAUCAUGGACACGCGUUUCCAAAAUGAACCGAUUGAUCGGCAGUGUAAUGUAUUCACGCGAAUCCUGCAACCGUUGAGGAACUCGGCCGACACCAACAUAGCGGAAGACCGUGUUCAAGCCGAAGUACAUCACCGGAAGCGCAAAACUUAUUCGGCGACUACCAUUUUACUGCACAGCAUGCGACUGACCGCCAUUUUGGACUGGUGGCAGGCCGUACGAGACUUUCUACUGCUGAACUCGCCAGAACCGGAACCUUUAUCCGGUACCGCUCAGAUGUCAAACGUCAAUCAAGAGGCCGAAAUCGAUACCGCAACCAUGACUAUACCGUUCGAAUUGAAGGUCAACAUUACUGAUUCCGAACUGGUUAUCGUCGAGGACACCGCGAUUCUCGACACCAAUGUCGUGAUUCUCAAAACUACUGCUGUUCUGUCGUACCGCUCGAUGUCGCAGGAGGGCAAGAAACCACUGUCUUGCAAUCUCUCGCACUGUGAAUUAUUCUCCUGCAUUUUGGGUCUGGAAAACGAGACUGCCUUGUCGAUUAUAGAUCCGGUUGGAGCAAGUCUAGAUCUAACUCAAGACAAGAGCUUAGAGAUUCAACUGCAACCAUUGUGCGUUCGAUUGAGCUAUCACGACGUGACCAUGUUUUCUAGAAUGUUGAACUCGCUUCCCAAGCAGACCUUAUGGGCGAAACAGAGAUCGAGCGAAGUGGCGGUAGAGGGUACUCAAAUGUUAAUGGAUAGUCAGGUAUUGAAACUGGUUAACUUAGGUUUUGCGGAAGCCGACUGUAAAAUCGCAUUGGACCGCUGCGAUGGCCAGCUGGACGACGCUGCUCUGUGGCUCACGCAAAAUGCAGAGCCGACAAGUUCCGAUGCUGCAGCUGCAGCGGCAAGUAACGAUUCGAUCUUUCGUUCUAUGGAAUUGGAAGCGUCUUGCAUUCGAAUCUGUAUCAUUGACGACUGCCGUGAUGCGGACGUACCACUACUGGAGAUCACACUGGCGGAUUUUAGCAUGCGGAAGAUAAGACAGCAGCCUGGUUUUCUAUCUGCCAUCUUUAGCGUGGAUUAUUAUAAUCGAGUGUUGAGUGGCUGGGAACCGUUUGUCGAACCUUGGCAAGCAAAUAUUCAAUGGGAACAAGCACUCACCGGCUCGCUCGAGCCAAAGAGACUGUAUGUAUCCAUCAACUCCCAGGAUUCUGUGAAUAUUAACGUUACCCUAACAUUAGUGGAGCUCGUGCAACUAGUUAAACACAACUGGACGCAGGAUUAUUACCUGUCCCAUGAUAGCACGAUUAUCGGCAAACCAGUAAUGAGAGGACAAGUGUAUCGACGCCGAUCGCCCUUCGUACCUUUUGCCCUGAAGAACGAUACCGGUUGUAGACUCUGGUUUAAAACAUUUAUUGCCAUUGCGGAUGAUACGAUAGACAUCGACAAAAAGGCAUCUCAAGCGAGAAAGGACGUCUCGAGCAAGGACGAUACGUGGAUAGAGGUAACUCCUGGAGGUACAAUAUCGUUUACAUUCGAAGGGAGAGGCAAGUUGAGGCAUCACGCAACGCAUAUUAUCAGAAGACACCAGAUUGCGGUUUUGAUCGAAGGAUGGAAAGCCGUGGAUCCUGUGACUGUCGAUCGCGUAGGCAUUUACUUUAGACACGCAAACGCUGACGUUGCCGGGUCUCAGUUUCAGACAAUCAUACCGAAAGCUAGAGUCGUAUUCGCCGUAGAAUUGGAAGGAUCCGCUAGGAAAUUAGUCACUAUUAGGUCAGCCCUCCAGGUGUCCAACAAGUUAGCUCACCCCAUUGAGAUCAAGAUGGAAAAAUCUUUGAAUCAAUUAAGACAUUUACCGCUGACCUCAGCUAACACUGGGAGAAUCCUACAAAUACCGGCGCAAUCGGUGAUGUCUGUACCUUUGACGCACACUGGGGUGCAAAUGUGUUUCAAACCGCUCAUCUCGAACUAUUUGUUCCAAUAUUGCGUGGAAUCUGUAGACUGGACGAUAGUUAAGAAACCGUUGGAAGUGACGGAAAGCUACAUCACUUGUCGAACCAAUCAACAUAAUAUAUUCAGAAUGUGCGUAGCAGUAAGACGAAACAAUUAUCCGCUCGACGGUGUGCAAGUGCUGCCGGCGCACACAAUCACGGUAAUGGCUCCAGUAACGCUGACGAAUUUAUUACCAUACGAACUGAUGUAUGAAGCAAGUAUAGAAGGCGGCAGAGUUGCGCCGGGCUGCAGCGCCGACCUGCAUUGCGCCAAUCUAAUUGAGCAACUGGAAAUUACGAUUCAAUUAGACGGUUAUCCAGGAUCUGGAGUAAUAAUAUUACCAUCGAACAGCUGUUCCUUCACCGCUCGUCUCAAGCUGCUGGAUUCUGCCAGCAGGAUGCUGUGCUUACAGGCAGCCGUGAUCGUGGAGAAGGGUUCAGCUGUGCAAAUCAAUAUCACUGCGCCUUACUGGAUCGUAAACAAAACUGGCUUACCAUUAGUGUUUAGACAAGAGGGAGUCGGUAUAGAAGCAGCGGGACAAUUUGAGGAGCAUGAGAGAGCGAGGAUGGUGGCACCAUUACUGUUCUCGUUCAGCGACGAGGAGGCCAGUAGGACAUUGUCGGUGAGAAUCGGCACCGAGGUGCAUCCUUAUGGAAUACCGCAAUGGUCUCAACACUUUCAUCUACAGCCUGGCAUUCAUGUUCAUCGUUUGAGAAUUAGCCUGCGCGACGGUAGGCCCGACAUAGUCUAUUUGAUCAGUGUAGCCACUCGCGCAGCAAGAGGAAGAUAUAGAGCUACUACAGUAGUCACAUUAUCGCCGAGAUAUCAAUUGCACAAUAAAUCAUCUUAUACGUUGGAGUUGGCCCAGAAAUGUUUUACGACAACAGUCUCCCAUCCGGAUGCUCAGGCGACGUAUAUAACAACCAUGCCCGAGUGUCACAUGCCUUUCCACUGGCCACGACUGGACAAAGAUUUGUUGCUCUGCGUCAGAAUCACUAAUGUGCCGGAUUGCAUGUGGUCAGGCGGUAUUAGAUUGGACGACAAUUACUCAUUGACUGUUAACGUCAGGGACAUGAUGGGGAAAAUGCAUUUUCUACGGGUAGAUGUGGUGCUGCAAGAGACUACCUACUUCAUUGUAUUCACCGAUGCCGAUACUAUGCCGCCGCCUAUAAGAGUAGAUAAUUUCUCGGAAGUUCCAUUGAUCGUUAAUCAGAUUGGAGUUCCCGAUAAUUUGCAAUGGACUGUGAGAUCUCACUCCUCGGUACCAUAUGCUUUGGAUGAACCAAUACAAACUGCCGAUUUAGUGUUAACAGCACCUGGAGGAGUGACAGCCUCUUACGAUUUAAAUAUAUUCGGAGAGGGCAGAGGACUGACUUACGAAAACUUUAUUUACAUUGCGUUUUCGGGCACCUUCAAGACCGAUUCUGAUCUUGGAUCAAGCGAAAGCGACCUGGACCCGCUGGAUGUGGAAACUCAGAGAUUAGUCUUGGAAGCUGGCUCUGGUGGUUGGGUCGCCUUACGGAGAAAACAAUAUGGCGAUAGGUCACAACUUUGGAGAAUGACUGGUGACGGACAACUGCAGCACGAAGGUUCUAGUCCACCGAGAGACAAACAUUCCAAAACUCCGGACACGAUAUUUGUUUUGGACAUAGCGGGCACCGCGCCGCAACCGUUUACUUAUUGCGCUCUCGCCCUGAAGAAACCGGAUCCUAGACGAAGAUCGACGCAGACUUGGCGAUUCACCGAUGAUGGACGACUGUGCUGCGCGCAUAAAAAUAUGUGCGUUCAGUCGAAAGACGGCUUUAUGGGAUUAUACGAAGGCGGCAGUGUCGCCCGUUGGCAAAUGUGGAGCGAAGCGGUAUUGGGUCCUCAGGUGCACGGUAACCCGCCACCAAUCGAACAACGAGUGGGUAGACAAAAGUUACGCCCGGGUUCUGGAUUUUUAUCGAUCAGAGUGACCACUGAUGGUCCGACCCGCGUUUUGCAAGUCCUGGACAUUAAGGAAAGAAAAAAAACAUUUGCCCUACUCGAAGAACGCGAUUGGUCACACAUCGCUGUGAGUCACCGGCCUACCCGGAUCGACGCCGAUAUAAAAAAAAUGGAUUCCGGAGAAUUAGAUCUCAAGCUGAAUUUACCGGCUGGCCUCGGAUUGUCCAUCGUAUCGCAACGGCCGCUGGAAGAGCUGUUGUUUGCGCGGUUAGCUGGAAUAUCUUUGGAUAUGUUGCAAACCCCGUUAAAUACCACGUUGGACCUGAGCGUCGCCGACGUGCAAAUCGACAAUCAACUAUUCGAAGCGCAAUGCACAUCGGUUUUGUUCGUGACACGUUCAUCUCGUACGGAAGAUGAGUAUCGACCCGCCCUCCACUUGGCUGUAGAGAAGCUACAAUCGAAGAAUCAAAACGCCGAGAUAUAUAAACACGUUAUAGUGAGUGUUAAAGCUUUGUGCGUACAUCUGGAAGAGAAAUUUAUCCUAAAAUUGGCAGCGUUCCUCGGAAUUGGCAAAUCGGAACUGGAAAUGCCAGUCGACGAGAAUGAUUUCAAAGCGCAGAGAUUUAUCUCCGAGGUGUCCGCCGCGCAUGCUAAAAGAUAUUAUUUUGGUGCUUUGAAACUCGUUCCUAAUCAAGUAAAACUCAGUGUGCUCACCACGACAAAAUUGCCGCAUCAUCUGCAAGCUGUAAAACGGAAAUUAGGCUUGACUCUGAUCAACUUCGAGAACGCUACUAUCGAGUUGGAACCAUUCGUGAAAAAGCAUCCUUUCGAAAGUAGUCAGUUCUUGAUGCAUUCCAUCGUGAAACAUUACAAAGAUGAAUUGAAAUGGCAAGCCGCAGUUAUUUUGGGUUCCGUAGACUUCUUAGGGAAUCCUCUUGGAUUCAUGAACGAUGUGACGGAAGGCGUUUCCGGUCUUAUCUACGAAGGCAGCGUGAAGAGCCUAGUGAAAAAUGUCACGCAUGGUAUUUCGAAUUCGGCAGCGAAAGUGACGGAAUCUUUGUCUGAUGGUUUAGGGAGAGUGAUCAUGGAUGAGAGACACGAAGAGGCCAGGCAGAGAAUCCGGGCAAAUACUACAGGUAGCAGCGAUCACUUAGUUGCGGGUCUGAAGGGUUUCGGUUUUGGUCUAUUGGGCGGUGUCACUAGUAUAUUUAAACAGACCUAUGACGGAGCAACUAAUGAGGGUUUUCCGGGCUUCUUUGCGGGUUUUGGAAGAGGAGUAGUUGGUACGAUAACAAAACCGGUCGUCGGGGUUUUAGAUCUGGCAACGGAAACAGCUAGUGCUGUACGAGAGACAAGUAGAAGCGCUCAUCGCGCGAUACCGAAGCGCGAUCGACCGCCACGUGUCGUUAGUGGUUCUACUGGAUUGCUACCGCCAUAUAAUCGCCAGCAAGCUGAAGGACAAGAGUUCCUUUAUAGCAUUAAUAAUCGCGACUAUUCUGAACUUUUUGUGGCUUACGAGUGUCUAUGUAGUGGUACGGAGAAUCUUAGAGUGCUCGUAUCUAACGAGAGAGUACGUGUUAUCUCGGGCGGCACGAAAGCCGUAGUGACCCAAGUUAAUCUGGCGGAUCUUCUGCGUUGUCAACCGAUGCAAAAGACGCAAAGCAACAAUGUAAUCCUGUAUUACAUAGAGCUGAUAUCCAGAUUCGAUUCAUCAGCCGCGGUCAAUUUGGACGGAGUAGCCGAAUUAUUGAGGCGACCGAAAGUGCGCUGCGACAACGAAGAAGUGGCGAAACGCGUAUCGCAACAAAUCAAUUAUGCCAAAGGGAUGCACGAGGAACGAAGUCUGACGUUAUCAUCGUCGGAUAAUAUGUUGGAUGACGUACAAUACUAUAAGUAAUCUGCUCGCGCAGAUCGAUUGGAUUUCGUUCUUAUCUCUGACAUGAUUUUUUGACAUACUAGUCGAAUUUUCAACUUUCCCUCGUAGAAUACAUGAUCGGUAUGGAUGCCUUAGUUAUGACGCUUAACAUUAAGUUUAAAAAGACUGAUGCAAAGUACCAUAAUAAUUAAAUAACUACUAUUUGCCGGCACACGAGGUACGAGUCGUUUAUAAUUUAAGCGUAAUUAAAUGAUGGUUUCGCGUCUUACAGUUGUAGCACAGGUAACGCAGCAAUUUUUGAUACGUAUUAAUAAGAUGUAAAAACAAAAUAGAUAGAACACUGAAAAAUUUUCUAAUAAUGUACAUACGCACGCGUGUAUAUUCUUUAAUAUUGCAUAUACAUGAUUCUGCAUGAUGCAUGUUCAGUGUGUCCUAAGGUCAUUCCUUUUCAAUGAAAAUGUAUAAUGAUAAAUUUUAUAAUCUCUGCAAUAAAAUGCUAACAUUUUUUUUAUUAUGCUUUUUUAUUGUUUUUAACUCAAAGUCUCGACUUUAUAAUAGAUUCGAGAGUUUCCUUCGCAAUCGGCUUGGUUUCUAUAAUAGGGACAUGUUAAUUUUGAGGCACACUGUACAUGUAUUUAUAUGUACAUAUGUAUUAAAACUAGCGGAUUAUAGAUUACUUAUUUACGAAACGAAAGAGAUAGAUUUAAUGCUAUUAAAUAUUAGGAACAAUUAAACCAAAAUUUUUAAUAAUGUAUAUAUCUAGCAAGUAUAAAAAUAUCAUAAAAUAUAUAUAUUUAUUUUUUAUGCAUGUUUCUUUAAUAGCACACAUGUCUCUGUUGCUUUAACCUUUGUUUAUAUUUUCAGUUUUAUAUCUUAGGCUGUGUUUCAAUAUUCACUGCCAGUACUGAAAAUCUUUAGUGUAUAUGACACAAAUUAUGAACUAAACUAUAUUUUCAGUACUGGUAGUGAAUAUCAGAAUGCAGCCUUAACGUGUUACUUUGUACAGAAACAAUGUAGAUUUCCUCUUAAGGCCUUCUUAGAGGAUUUAUAAGUUGCAAUAAAAUUCAAGACAGAGUUCUAUUUAUAAUUUUAUGCAUCACAUGUUUUAAUAUAUGUGUAUGUAUUUUGAUAUAUAUCUUGAUUUGUAUGUAUUUAAUAUGUUCAAAAAUAUUUUUUGUAUUAUAUGAUACAUAAAAUUUAUAAAUAAAAUUUUGUCUUGUGAAUUUUAGCGAAUUAUAGGUCAUUUAAAGAGGCCUUUAUAUGUAUGAACAUAGCAGAUGAUAAAAAUGUGCAAAAGAAUUAAAUUAACUCAUAUUUAAGUACUUUUGUAAAGCUGAUGUACACGCAUACAAAACAAGAAUAUUUGUAAUAUAUUGUGUUGAUACCACUGUUGAGCAGAUUAAUAAAUGUUACAUCUAUAUAUAACAAUGAUAUGAAAAAAAAAACUUUCUUAUAUCCCAAUAGCAAAAAUCGCAAAAAUUGAAGACAAUAGCGAUGUUUUAAAUACAUUCUUCUUCAACUUGGCAUAAAGAAAAAUAUAUGUAGGAAACACUUUAAACGUAACAAUGUAAAUGUGUUUACUUUAAAUUUAUAUCUAACG